UGGAGGCUACAGCUACAGAAGGGGAAAGAUUGCACUUCAGGCUUAAAACCUUUUCAUUGAUCCAUGAACCAUUACCAGGUUACUUUCCUGUGUCAAACUGUCAGGACUGAAAGAUAACAUGCUGCCUCAGUGGGACGAAAAGAUGCUAAUGGUAAGAAGGCUUUUUAUUCACACGGCUGAAUAGAAGAGUAGCAAGGAACAAUGGCUUCAAAGGUCUCUUGCUUGUAUGUCCUCACAGUAGUUUGUUGGGCAAGUGCUCUUUGGUACUUAAGUAUAACACGUCCCACUUCAUCCUACACUGUCCACAGGACUUACGACAGCAUCUCAGUGGCUCGAAAAAACGUCUCUUUUGGCAACAUAAGGACUCGACCAAUCAAUCCCCAUUCAUUUGAUUUCCUCAUAAAUGAGCCUGAGAAGUGUGAGAACAAUGCCCCUUUCCUCGUUAUUCUCAUCAGCACAACUCACAAAGAAUUUGAUGCAAGACAAGCCAUUCGAGAGACAUGGGGAGAUGAGAACAACUUCAAAGGUAUUAAGAUCUCCACCCUCUUUCUUCUGGGGAAAAACACGGACUCGGUGUUAAACCAGAUGGUCGAGCAAGAAAGUCAAAUUUUCCACGACAUUAUUGUGGAGGACUUCAUUGACUCCUAUCAUAAUCUAACUCUGAAAACCUUAAUGGGAAUGAGAUGGGUGGCCACAUUUUGCUCAAAAGCCAAGUAUGUCAUGAAAACAGACAGUGAUAUCUUUGUAAAUAUGGACAACCUUAUUUACAAAUUGCUAAAACCCAACACCAAGCCAAGACGGAGGUAUUUCACUGGCUAUGUCAUCAAUGGAGGCCCGAUAAGGGACGUCCGUAGUAAAUGGUAUAUGCCUAGGGACUUGUAUCCGGAGAGUAACUACCCGCCAUUUUGCUCGGGCACUGGCUACAUUUUUUCAGCUGAUGUAGCAGAGAUGAUUUACAAAACCUCCCUCCAUACUAGACUUCUUCAUCUUGAAGAUGUAUACGUGGGACUCUGUCUGCGGAAGCUUGGCAUUCAUCCUUUCCAAAACAGUGGCUUUAAUCACUGGAAAAUGGCCUACAGCCUGUGCAGAUAUCGACGUGUUAUCACAGUGCAUCAGAUAUCUCCUGAAGAAAUGCACAGAAUUUGGAAUGACAUGUCAAGCAAAAAGCAUCUCAGAUGUUAGACUUUUUACAGUUGUAAAUACUUU